AAGGAGAGUUUUGUAAUAUUUAGUAUUUUUUUAAAAAAAAUAAAAAUAAUUAAAUGAUAUUCUAAUCUUAAAAAAAUAAAAAUAAUAUUAAGAAAUAAAUAUCAAAAUAUGAGUGACCUGGAAAUUAACUGUAAUUUUAUGUAGCACGGUCAAACACCUUCUGUUCUCGACACAAGAAGACAAUUUUAGCCCAGCGUUCAUUUCCUGAUUUGGAAGGUGCUGUUCUUUUUCCUCCUUCGCUAUAGCUGUCACCACUCACCGCUUCUAUUUCCGUCAAUUCACAAUUCCUACCAUCUUCGACUUCCAAAUAUAUAUCCAUUUUCCUUCACCAAGAAAAGCAAUAGAAGACUCUUUACACUCUUCAAUUAUAUCCAACAUUCCAAUUCCUGAAGAUCUUCUCUCACAGUUCAAGACCCUCUUUUCUCAUUUUAUAUGAUACACUUUUCUGUUUAGGCCCAAACAGAACGACACAUUUUUUUUAUUUUUUUUAAAGAUAAUUUGCUGCAAAAUGGGAAUGAUUUAGCAGUCAGAAUAAGAGAAUAUAAUGUGGGGUGCUGUUCAAUUGGGAGUAUUGGCUGCCUUUCUUGUACUAUUUGUCCCUAUAGGUAUGGCAGGUUGGCACUUGAGUCGCAACAAAAUGUUAUUUUUUAGCUGUGCUCUCUUUAUUACCCUUUCUGUUUGUGUUCAUUUGACCCCUUAUUUCCCUUCAGUCUCCAAUAUGCUUUUUUCAUCAGGUUCAACACCCUUAUCAUCAUCAUUAUCAAGUGUAAAUCUUGAUUCUUGCAUUUCCUUACUUCACCAAGUAUCAUUUGAUUUUCAAGAAUUGAAUGAUAAUGUGGGGAAAAACAAUUCUUGGAAGUGGAUUGAGUCUGAACCUGUAGUUCAAUGUGGUUUCCAAAAGUUGAACAAGUCUGAUGCUUCAGAUUUGUUUAAUGGAUCAUGGGUUGUUAUUGCUGGGGAUUCACAGGCAAGGUUAUUUGUAGUUUCUGUUUUGGAGUUGUUAUUAAGGGGAAGUGAAAUGGAGAUGAUUAGGGGGGAUUUGUUCAAGAGGCAUAGUGAUUAUAACAUAUUUAUUGAUGAGAUUGGGAUGAAGUUGGAUUUUAUUUGGGCACCUUAUGUAAGUAACUUGACUGAUUUGGUUCUGGGGUUUGAAGAGAAAAAGAGUUAUCCUGAUGUAUUUGUGAUUGGGACAGGUCUAUGGGAUAUGUUACAUAUAAAUAAUGCUACUGAUUAUGGUGUUUCCCUAAAGUUGUUGGCGGAUUUGGUGGUAUUGUUGUUACCAGUACCUUCAGAUUUUGGCGCAAAUUUAGUUUCAGUUCGGUCACCCAACUUCUUUUGGCUGGGAAUGCCAAAGCUGAUAAACUUGAUGUUGAAUACAAAUGAGAAGCGAGAAAAAAUGACUGAUGAGAUGUGGCAAGCUUAUACUGAUGAACUUUAUAGCAGUAAGCUGUUGCGGCAAUCUGGUGGGCCCCUUGUGUUGCUGGACAUUCACGCGUUGAGUAAUAAAUGUGGAGCUCGUUGUACUACUGAUGGAAUGCAUUAUCACGGGGUUGUGUAUGAAGCUGCAGUUCAUGUAAUGCUAAAUGGAUUGCUUAUAGAAUCUAAUCAGAAGCUGUAAUGGAGCCACGGUAAUAGAAGUAGUUUUGUAAUUGCUAGAGCUUUUGUUAUAAUAUGGGAUUCUUUUCCUGGUGCUACACUUGGCAAUUGAAGAUCAGUGGCGAGAAGUUUUUGAUGGUAGUACAUAAUGAGGGUCCUCACUACUCGGAAAACAGUGACAACAUCAGGAACUUUUACCAGCCUAAUUUUGUAGGCUGUUAUCACUCCAAAGCUAGCACCACCCCCGCCUCUAAUCGCCCAAAACAGGUUACCGUAUCCUCCUCCUGUUAUGUGACCACCAAUGCCAACUGUUGGGCAAACUCCAGCUGGGAAGGCAUGAAUUUUGCUUUUCUCCCAAAUUUUGUAAUAAAGUUCCCCCAGAAUUGCACCAGCUUGGACCCAAGCAGUUUCAUUUUGGAUAUCGACAUCAAUUGAAUGCAGGUUAGACAUGUCAAGGAGAACAAAACUGAUGUUGGAGACAUAAGAAAUGCCUUCAUAAUCAUGCCCUCCACUUCGGAUCUUUAGGUAGUUUCCAGUUUUCCGGCAGCAAAUGACAGCAACCUGGACGUGGGAUUCUUGUAAUGGAGUGAAAAUAAUGUCUGGUUUUGGAGUGGUUGAUCUAUUGAACCUUUUGUUUCUGAUGUAGUGUUGUAGCACAGACUCAUAUGAGGAAUUAUUUGGGGUGUACACUCUUGACAGUAUGUGGCCGGAUGGAUCUGAAUGUUUGGAUAAGCACUGAAGAAAACUUAGGUAUGAUGGAGUUGAGGCUGCCAAAGGAAUAAAAUGGAUAGCAACAACAAGAGAAAGAAAAGAAGAAAAGGUUGGAAAGAGAGAAGUCUCCAUAUCAGAAUCCCUGGUUUCCUUUUACUAUUAUUUACGCUAUCGGGCUCUGAAAGAUAAUACGAUGAGAUAAACUACUCCGUGCUAACUAGAAAUAUAACAAGAGAAGAUGCCAGCGAAUCAGCUCUAAGAGAUAUAUACAAAGUUCAUCAAGCAGACUGUUUUGCCUAGUUUUCUUCUUCAUAAUGCUUUGAGCUGGUACUUUUUAUUAGAAAAUAAUCAUUUUUUUUCCAUCCCAGUACCAAGUGAAUGUAGAUCCUUUCUAUAUUUACUUGUCUUGUCAUGCCAGUUCUUUGAACUAUAGAGUUGUAAUUGUAACCCUGAUUUGAUUUCUACAACUGACAAAAUUCAUGA